UCUCAUCGCCCUGUCAGCAGUUUUCGCACUUAGCAAUGUAGGUAUAGGUGUCGUGGUCACAGUUCCCUGUCAGUCGUACUAGCGCCGCGUGUGAGACAGGUCGCGCCCGACCACCCGACGCCGCGACAGUAAACACGAUUAUCGCCCGGCUGCGGACACCCAUAGUGUGAUAAAAAUGAAAACAAUACCCCGACGGAUCCGCUUAGUGCCCGGUACCCUCAAAGUGUUAUUACAGUGAUUUAAAAUAACGCAUAUGGCUUAUCAUUUGGAGACUUGUGUGUCAACAGUGAUAACAGUGGCGGUGACAGCUAUUUCGGCGCAUUACAUCACCUGUUAAUUGGUCGAAUCUAUCAUUAUUGUAGCUAUCAAUCAGGGAUCGAGGGUAGUCGAGUCAGUAGCGCCUAAAAGGUGGAAGUGGCAGCACUUCUUUGUCGAAGGUGCUAGGAAAAUGCCAGUGUUCGGUUGCGAGAUGUUGACAUCGUCCGAGCUCUGCCCCAUGGGGUACGCUACGGCGCCCGAGUACAUGCUGCCGGGGCCUGCCGUGACCUGGGACAAGCCUCAGGAGAGGCAUAACUUCAGUUUCACGCAUAGGAGUCUGUCGGAAGAGCUGAGUCGCCCGCCAUUGGCAACCACGGUGUAUAACAAUAAUAGCGGAGACAGCGACAUGCAGCUAGAGACGAGCAGCAGCGAGGCGAGCGCCGGCAGCUCGGCGGCCGUCUCGCAGCACUGCGCCAUCUGCGGCGACCGCGCCACCGGCAAGCACUACGGCGCCAGCUCGUGCGACGGGUGCAAGGGCUUCUUCCGGCGCAGCGUGCGCAAGAACCACCUCUACACCUGCAGGUUCAGCAGAAAUUGCGUAGUGGAUAAGGACAAAAGAAAUCAAUGCAGAUAUUGUAGGUUAAGAAAAUGCUUUAAAGCCGGCAUGAAGAAAGAAGCCGUCCAAAACGAGCGAGACCGCAUCAACUGCCGCCGGCCGUCUUACGAGGAGCCCACGCAAGCCAACGGGCUCUCCGUUGUGUCCCUGCUCAACGCCGAGCUGCUCAGCAGGAAGGUCAUAGACGAGACCAUCAACGUGUCUGACGCGGAGAUCAACAAUCGCAAGCUAGCGAAGAUCAACGACGUGUGCGACUCCAUCAAACAGCAGCUGCUGAUCCUCGUGGAGUGGGCCAAGUACAUCCCCGCCUUCACCGAGCUCCACCUAGACGACCAGGUGGCCCUGCUGCGCGCGCACGCGGGCGAGCACCUGCUGCUGGGCUGCGCGCGCCGCUCGCUGCACCUCAAGGACGUGCUGCUGCUCGGCAACAACUGCAUCAUCGCCAAACACAACAUCGACGGGCGUAUGGACAUAGACAUCAGCAUGAUUGGAUUGCGAGUGAUGGACGAAAUCGUGAAACCGCUACGGGAGAUCGACAUAGACGACACAGAGUUCGCCUGCCUCAAGGCCAUCGUCUUCUUCGACCCUAACGCUAAGGGCCUAUCGCAACCGCAGAAGAUCAAGCAGCUCCGCUACCAGGUGCAGAUAAACCUGGAGGACUACAUCAGCGACCGGCAGUACGACGGCCGCGGCCGCUUCGGCGAGCUGCUGCUGAGCCUGCCGCCGCUGCAGAGCAUCACGUGGCAGAUGAUCGAGCAGAUACAGUUCGCCAAGUUGUUCGGAGUCGCACACAUCGAUAGCUUGCUGCAGGAGAUGCUUCUUGGAGGUGAGAUCAUUGCAACAAUUAGGACAGUUCGGCGCUUGACGAUAUUUUGCUCAGUUACUGCUGAGCCUGCCGCCGCUGCAGAGCAGCACGUGGCAGAUGAUCGAGCAGAUACAUUACUGCUGAGCCUGCCGCCGCUGCAGAGCAGCACGUGGCAGAUGAUCGAGCAGAUACAGUUCGCCAAGUUGUUCGGAGUCGCACACAUCGAUAGCUUGCUGCAGGAGAUGCUUCUUGGAGCUUGCUGCAAGAGAUGCUUCUUGGAGGUGAGAUCAUUGCAAGAAUUAGGACAGUUCGGCGCUGCCCGUUAUUUUGGAGAGCUGCUGCUGAGCCUGCCGCCGCUGCAGAGCAUCACGUGGCAGAUGAUCGAGCAGAUACAGUUCGCCAAGUUGUUCGGAGUCGCACACAUCGAUAGCUUGCUGCAGGAGAUGCUUCUUGGAGGCGCAUGCGCGGAGCCGUCCGCGGAGGCGGGGCCGGGCGCGUCGCCGCCGCCCGCGCAGGCGCCGGGCGCGGGCUCGCCGCCGCUCGUGCCGCAGCUGCCCGCCGCCGCCGCCGCCAUGUUCCCGCCCUUCAAGCAGGAGCCCAACAUGUGA